AAAAGCCUAUUUAUUAAACAUCGAGUCUGUUAUGACAAUAAUGUUGGGGUCAGUGUUGGCACCGAUUUGCCAGACAUACGAGUGGUGUCUCAUAGGGCUUAUAGUGGCGGCGAUCGCGUACUACUACUUUUCGUGGAGGAAUGCCUUCAACUAUUGGAGGGGUCGACACAUUUGUGGUCCAAACCCCAUCCCUAUAUUCGGAAACCUUUUAAGUUUAUCCCUAAAUCCUCGAUCAUUACUGGAGUUGGAGUGGUAUAAGAAAUACGGCAAAAUUUAUGGGACAUACAUAUUAGGGAAGCCCAGGCUAACAGUGGCCGUCCCGGAGCUCAUCAAACAGAUUCUGGUCAAAGAUUUUCACACAUUUCGUAACCGAUCCACGAAAGUGGGCGCCUCCAGUCUGGCGACCAUUGAUGACCACUGGCGACGAGUCCGGGCUAUAGUCAGCCCUACCUUCUCGUCCGGAAAGAUGAGGCGAAUGUAUCCUCUGAUCAGCCGGUGCUGCGAAGACUUCCUCAAUUUCGUGGAUAAGGAUGUGUCGAAUGGUAUGAAUGAAGUCGAGUUGAAGCGACUGAUGGGCGCCUACACUAUGGAUUUGAUCGCCAGCUGCGCCUUCGCCACGAAAAUCAAUACAUACGCCGACCCUAAC